CCUUAAGAUGGCGGCGGGGGCUUCAGAUCUGUUGGACGAUGUGUUCUUCUCAGACGUGGAUGAGAAAGUGGUGAGCGACUUAGUCGGCUCCCUGGAGUCCCAGUUGGCGGCUACGGGCCAUAACGCGGCGGACCAGGCCGGAAUAAGGGCGCAGGUGGUGAAUAAUCACGUGGAAAACACACCCGGGAUGGUGAGCAAUAAUGUUGAGCUGCAAACAGCAGAGAACAAAAUGGGACUGGCAGGAGCUGAGGUUUCCACCGCAGCCAAAAUCAAAGUGGACGAGAGCUCCGAGGGUAAAAACGCACAGAUUAAUUCGCAGAACACAUUUGGCAGUGGGGUAUUGCCCUGUACGACGGCGGGGAGUGGGGCACAGCAAAGUGUUGUUAUCAAUAAUGCAAGGUCCCAGGCUCCAGGAGUGGAACAGGAGCAGAGUACAGCGGCGGUAGCGGCAGUGACAGGAUCAUCAGAAACAUCAGCUUCAGGCAGCAUCGGUCAAGGAAAAUCGGUGGUAAUAAGUGCAAUGGCAACCCCAGUGUCCAACCAUGUGAAAACUGUCACCUCCAACGUACAAACUCUUAAUGGGAAUAAUGGAAUGGCGAUAAACUCUCACAAUGCAGGAAAUGCCACCACUUUCACUUGUUCAGCAGCUGCAACUACCUUGCCAGCUGUUACGGUGGUCAAUAAUGGACCUGGAUCUGUUGUAAAAAACACAGUUAAUACAGGGUUGCCAGCGGUGUCUUUGCCAGUCUCUAGUUCUGCCUACACUGUUAUUCAAACAUCUUUUGUCAGCACGCAGAAUGUUCCUUCAACUGUUGUUUCAUCACAGGCAGCAGGACCCACAGUGACAUUGGUGAGACCACCAGCGCACAGUGGCCCAGUUCUGCCAGUUGCAUCGACGCCGAAUGGUAGUAGUACUAUAUUGAACUCAACAGUUAGUGUAACUAACUUGUCAGCGCCUAGUGGCACUGGAACUCCCCAUCAGACUUCACUUCUGACUUUAAACAGUCAGGCUUCUAGUUUGUCAAGUAACGCUUCUUUGUCCACUGGUGGACAGGUUAUCAAAUCUGAGUUACAGCCCAAAACAAUUAUACAGACACCACAACAGACUCUCAGUGCAGGAAUAUUGACAUCAACAACUGGUAGUGCGGUGACCACUAUAAACAAUCAAUCAAACACAAGUACUAUGGUAAUAGGUCAGACGAUACAAAGUGGGCUUCAGAAUGUGGCAUCCAAUCCUGGCGGAAUUUCCACUCAGUCAGUUGGUACACCAGUUGGAAUGGGCAAAGGAACCAUUAAUACAAUUGCCCAAACUAUGGCAAGGACAGCAGCAGUGAACACUGGCCCAAGGACAACAAUAACGCCACAAGUUAUAGCUCCCCGUCUCCCUCAACCCCAACAGCAUCAACCAAACAUUCAAAAUAUUCAAAUUCCCCCAGCUUCUGCUACUCAUGAAGAUCUAAUGUACAGGAGACUAUUCACCUUCACAUUGAAACAGUUGACAGCCACUCUGUACAUUUCAGAAACCAUGGAAAAUGUGAAGAAGUGCAAGAACUUUCUGUCUACGCUGAUCAAACUAGCUUCAAGUGGUAAACAGUCAACAGAAACAGCUGCCAAUGUUAAAGAACUUGUGCAAAACUUAUUGGAUGGAAAAAUUGAAGCAGAAGACUUCACGAGCCGGUUAUAUAGGGAGCUCAACUCCUCACCUCAACCCUAUCUCGUGCCUUUCCUGAAGCGGAGUUUGCCAGCCUUGCGCCAACUCACUCAAGACUCGCAAGCUUUUAUUCAGCAAAGUCAACAGCAAUCCUCAACUCAGACUACAACAGCAUUGACAGCAGUGGUACUGGGAAAUACUGUUCAACAGCGACCAGUAGUGCGGACAACAACUGCUACAGCUACAGUAACUAGCACCCUCCAACAUCCUGUGCUAAGUUUGACACAGCCUGGACAAUCGGUGCAAACUGGCAAGGUUGUUCAACAGCAGCAAGGAACAGUCGUCAGGCCGCAGGUAACACUGACUCAAACACCCAUGGUGACACUUCGACAACCUCAGAACCGCAUCAUGCUGACCGGCUCUUCACAGGUGCAAUUGAAGCAACUUCAAACAGUUCCUGUUAUGAAACAGACAGUGGUGCCAGGAACUAAAGCUGGUUUGACUUACUCUGUCCAGACUUCUGUUGUUCAAAAAAAUAAACUUAAAGAAGCAGCAGCAGCAAGUGGCUCUUUCAGGGAUGAUGAUGAUAUUAAUGAUGUGGCGUCUAUGGCCGGAGUUAACCUUUCAGAAGAAAGUGCACGCAUUUUGGCAACAAAUUCAGAACUGGUGGGGACUCUGACGAGAUCGUGUAAAGAUGAGGCAUUCCUGUUUGCUGCACCGUUGCACAGAAGAAUGUUAGAAAUAGGUAAAAAACAUGGAAUUACUGACGUUCAUCCUGAUGUAGUAAAUUUUGUAUCACAUGCAACCCAACAACGAUUACAAACACUUGUAGAAAAAAUAUCUGAAGUUGCACAACAGAGAAACAUUUCGUACAAGGAGGACGACAGGUAUGAGCAGUUAAAUGAUGUAAAGUCACAGCUCAAGUUCUUUGAACAACUAGAUCAAAUAGAAAAGCAGAGAAAAGAUGAACAAGAAAGAGAAAUUUUAAUGCGAGCAGCAAAGUCUCGCUCCAGACAAGAGGACCCAGAGCAACUUAGGCUAAAACAAAAGGCCAAAGAGAUGCAACAACAGGAAUUGGCUCAGAUGAGGCAGAGGGAAGCCAAUUUAACUGCAUUAGCAGCCAUUGGCCCCAGAAAGAAGCGGAAGGUUGAUUCACCAGGACCUGGGAUUGGAGCUGGGACAGAGGGACCCAGUACAGGCGGGACAGCAGGAGCCUCUGGAGUUGGAACACCUAGACAGUUCACACGGCAACGAAUAACAAGAGUCAACCUCAGGGACCUUAUCUUCUGCUUGGAGAAUGAGCGUGAGACAAGCCAUUCACUAAUGCUGUACCGUGCAUUCCUUAAAUAAACGUCCUGGGUUGAUUUGUUUUGUUUUUGACCAAGACAACCUUCUGCCCUGUCUUUUUCUUUGCAGUUUUUGGUGGGGGGACAGAGGUAAGGAAAGGAAGAUAGAGCGAUGGAGAACAGCUGGAACGCUAGAAGUGGGAGAAUGUUUUAAUGUUCAACCUUACAUUAACUCUAUGUUUUUAAAGUUUUGAAUUUUAGUUAGAAAAAUGAAUACAGCGAGACCUGUGGAUACUUUAUUUAUAAAAUAAAAAAGUCUGAUCACUUCUCGUCUCCUGACUGAGUGGCCUUCUUGCCAAACAAGCCAUAUUUAAAAACUGAUUCUGAUUUCACCAGUGUAUAAUUUGCCAACUUUUUGGCAGAUUAGUAGCAACUUGAAACAUUUAAGUAUUCUGUUUUUGAAUCAUUUGGCUUAAAAGACUUUGAAUUGUAUGGGUCUGAAGCUAACAACCUUGGAUUAUUUUACCUUCAAGGACAUGGAGCAAAAAAACAUUUUCAUUAUUGUAUUUUUUAUCCACUUUUCAUUGUUUCCAUUCUUUUGCUGUACUUUUCUCAAUUAGCUUUUGUAAAUGUAUGGUUUGUGAAGAGUUAGGAGAGUUUGUUCAGUGGUAACUCUGCAGUUCUCACCAUGUGAUUUGCAUGUCAGAGGCUUUCCCUGGAAGCCUUUAAGAAGGGUUUCUUUUGUGAAUGUUGUAGGGCAUUUGUAAAAAGAAAAAGAUGCUUUUUUUUAUUUGAUACAAUACAUGAUGCCGUAAAGGAUUUAAAAAAUAACUUUUCUGCAUAAAUAUACAUUACUUGCACUGUGUUGGCUACCUAGCUAAUGUAAAACUUUAGUUAAAAAAAAAUCUAAGAAAUGGUGAAUUGUGAAAGGAUUGUUACUUGGUAUGAAUCACGUGUAGAAAACAAUUUGCUGGUGUCUAUCAGUGAGCUAAUAAUUUGUACAUAAUUUUGGCACAUAACAUAAAUUGCUAUGUAAACCGUAAUUAUUUUGGUAAAAAGACUGUAUGCAAGCUAUGGACCUACUUAAUGGUAACCAGAGCAAUGUCCCUUCUUUGUAUCUAUUUUUUUAUAAAAAAAAUACUAAAUUUUUCUUUAUAUUUUCAGAGGUUAUUGUAUUAAAUGAUUGUCUAUCAAUAGGACAUUAUGAUUGUAAAUACUUUUGCUUUCUUUGUGUGUAAUUUUAUGUUGUUAAAAGAAACAUUUAAGAUGCUAUUAAGCUGAUGAGUUCUGUGUGUAAACUGAAAACUAAUCAGUAUUUUUACCAAUGCCUGAAAACUGUUACACCCUUGGUCUUUUACAAAUCCUGUCUUUCCAUUUUUCAUGUAAAUUUUGCACAGUUACUUGUUAAUAUGUAAAUAUUUUACUUUCAAAAAAGGAAGUUUUUAAUUACUAUUGUUUUAUAUAGGAUUGAAAGAGAAUUAACUCCUUUAUUAAAACAAUGAAUUUAUCUGUA